AUGGACACGGCCAUCCAGGCCCUCACCUUCGAGUGCCAGACGCUGCACAAGUCUUUGCCCCGGAUCACUCCUGCGCCUGCGUCCAUGGCAUCUGCUUGCCAAGUGGCCGAAGGAGCAGUGAGCGCUCGGCGGUCCUCCAGCCUGCCUCCUCCGCAGCAUCAAGAGUUGCGAGGCCAUGUCAACACCGACCCCACGCGCAAGACUAGCGAGGAAGCAGCAUUUGUUGCAGCGAAGGCGAGGUCACAUCACAGCCAGCGUUGCCCCAGCAGUCACAGCCACCGCAAUCAUCACAGCUCGCACAGCUCGCACGGCCACCACAAUCAGCACAUCCACCACAACCAAUGCAACCCACACGGCGGGGCCAUUGCAUCUGCCGAGCAACACAAAGCACGGCAAAACCCAAUAAUGGGUGCUGAUCGCAGCAACCAGUGCCAACUUCUCCACAGCUACCAGCCCAGCCAAGAGCAAAGGAGCAGCCACUUCCGACCUUUGGGCAAUGCAGUGCAUGGAGGGGCAGUUGGCCAUCCUACGCAGCAUGACUGCCUGAACCCACCGCAGCCACCACCGCAGCAUGCCUGGGACGCUGCCCGGAUGCCGUUGUCCCCGCCAGCAAGUACGCCGCGUGUGGUACCGCCGCCAGCAGGCCACUGCCAAGUUACAGGGCCUCCGGCAAGCCUUCCGAGGGACUCGUCGGACUUCCCGCGCAGUCAGCACACUGACGUACAGUCUCAUCAUCCAGACCCGGAUGUCAUCAAGCGUUUAGAGGCCAGGACUGCGGCCUUGUUUUGGUUGGACUCCACGGCUUGCUUCAUUCUUCAAGGCCUUGGAAGGCCACGAGUCUCCAAUCGCUCCAAGCUCACCCAGCAGCCCGGGGAAGAGACUUGA